AACCAGCUGGCAGGAUGGGGCGUUCUUGGCUCUUGUGACAAAGACCUUCUCUGCGUUUUGGGACUCUCAAUUGCAAACUGAGAUUAUCUAAAACACAAAGAGAACAGGGUAGGAUAGCUGGUACUGUAAAUGGGGUGCUGGAUGUAUUCUUUUUACUCUAAUGUUCCAGGUUUAUUGAUACUGCUUCAGUUUUUUACCCUAAGUUGGAGUCCUUUCAUAGAAGCAACCGUUUUUCCUUCUUCUGUGCCCCGUGUCAAACCUAGCUACAAUUUUGGCCGCAGUUUCCUGGGACUCGAUAAAUGUAAUGCCUGCAUCGGAACAUCGAUUUGCAAGAAAUUCUUUAAAGAAGAAAUAAGGUUUGACAACUGGCUCUCUUCUCAUUUAAAACUGCCUCCUGACAACCUUCCCAGUUACUCCGGGAACUACACCGAUGAUGCCAAAAGCUGGCGGCUGGUUGAGAUCUCCAGGUUAACCACCAAAUACCAGCAUGACCAAGCUGACGAGAGAAUCUGUGCUUCCCUUUCCAAGACAAAAAGCUGCAGCAUCGAGCACGUCUUGCGACAGACAGAGAGAUUCCAAAAAUGGUUGAAAGCAAAGCGCCUCACUCCGGACCUUGUGCAGGGGCUACCUAGUCCGAUGCUGCGCUGUCCCUCCCAGCGGCUCUUAGACAGAAUAGUGCGCCGCUAUGCUGAGGUGCCAGAUGCUGGCAGCAUCUACAUGGAUCAUCUCUCAGACCGGGACAAACUGCGCCUCCUCUACACCCUGUCAGUGAAUGCAUUUCCCAUCCUGUUACAGAUUUUCCCCGAAGCAGAGGGAUGGCCGUUUCCAAAGUAUUUGGGGUCAUGUGGCCGGCUGAUUGUCACUGCCAGCAGCAGGCCUUUAAAUGAGUUCUACAGCUCUCCUCCUGAGGUGGCGGCUGAUCUGGCUCUCCAGCUCCUCUCUCUCAUCACUUCCAUGAGGAACAAUGACUUGAACUAUUUCUUUUAUUUUGUCCAUGUUGAUGCUGGCACAUUUGGCAUUUUUAACAAUGGGCAUCUGUUCAUCCGGGAUGCCAGCACACUGGGAAUCAUUGACAAGCAGGAAGGUCUCCACCUGACUGAUGGCCAACAGGAGUAUCAAGAUAUAUUUAGCUGUUUGGCUUCGGACUGCCAGUCUGCAUUUCUCUCCUGUAAAUCAGUUAGAGAGAAGCAGAGCCUUGUCAUGGUAUGUCAAGAGCUUCUGCCUAAACUGCUCAAGGGAAAAUUCCUCCAACCUGCUCAGGAGAAAAUAGACAGGCUCCUAAGGCUCUGUGCAGACAGCUUUAGAGCCGACCAGGAAGUCAGUGAUGCUGCUGGAAAGCUGGUAGAGCUCUUGAAACCUCUACGCUCUUGCAAUUCCCAUUUUGCCUACCGCUACCCUGACUGUAAAUACAGUGACAAAUAUUAACCAUCGAGAGAAAGCUCUUCUGGAAAGACUGGAGUGGGGUGCGCACAGCUCAGCUCUGGGCUUCCUAGCAUGAAGAAGGAAGAGGCAGCACAACACACCCAGGGUUCUGCCUGACUCAGACACACUUACCGCUUUGCUGUGUUAACUUCAAACUUCACAUCGUACUAAAGUGUUAUCACAUUUCGUUGGUGAUCUGUGAUAAGCUAUUAAUAAAACAUAUUACUUCAUUUUGGCUUCAGAGGAUUUUUCCAUGGGACCCAUAAAGAAAAAUUAAAUAUUAAGCCAUUGUGGUCAGUGGCUUAGGUGGCGUAGCAUA